UUUGUUGUUGGUGAUGACAUGAAAAUAUUGUUGUUGCUGCUGGUGGAGGCUGCGGAGACUCAGCGGUGGGAGACAGGCAAGCAGGCAGGACUGGGUUUGAAGGAUUUGAGGCGUUCGGAAAACUCGAUCCAAGUGAAGAUUUCAUUUAUUUAGUUGUAUUUUCGACUUUAAAGCAACUGCGUGUUGCGGGGAAAGCGGUCAUGUCGGUGAAUAUGGACGAACUCAGACAUCAAGUCAUGAUCAACCAGUUUGUUUUGACGGCUGGAUGCGCCGCCGAUCAGGCGAAGCAGCUUCUACAAGCGGCCCACUGGCAGUUUGAGACGGCCUUAAGCUCCUUCUUCCAGGAGGCCAACAUCCCCAGUCACCACCACCAGAUGAUGUGUACUCCCAGAAACACUCCCGCCACGCCGCCCAACUUCCCGGACGCCAUCACCAUGUUCUCCAAGCUGCGUGCGUCGGAUUGUGGCCCCGGCGCCGGCAGCGGCCCCUCCCAGGCGUCCAUGGCCUGCUCCCCCCCGGCCCCCUCCUCCACGUCGGGCUUCAGCUCCUUCUGGGCCUCGUCGCCGCCCAGCCACCAACCGGCCUGGCUGCCCCCGUCGUCGCCCACGGGCCACCACAUGCACCACCACCACUACCACCACCACCACCACCACAUGCAACAGACUCCCAUGUGGCCCCCCGUCUCUCAGCCCAACAACUCCCAGCAGCCCCCUGUCGUAUCGGUGCUCCACGGCCAGAGAUGAGACUCGCGGGCUGCCUGCGAGGAGGGGGGGCGGGGGGGGAAGGGAGAGGGCGGCUGUUUCGUGUGUAGCCAAAUCGGUUUGGGUGGGGGGGGGGGGUCGGGGCGGGAGGGAGGGAUUGGGGUGUCACGUGUGGAAUGAGAGGAAAUGGGGAGAAAAAAGACAAAGACGCUGUUUUCCUCUCUUGUUUUUUUUUCUAAACUGAAGACUCAGCUGGAGACGCUCUUCCUCUCCGUCUUCAUCACUAGUCAUCCGAGCCGAGGAAGAACCUGCGCGGUCUCCGACGGCGACACUGAGAAACUUCUUUCUUUUCAUCAUCAAUGCAAACAAGCCCAGGACCCAGCAGAGCACUCUGAGGAUUGGAGCCAUGUUUUUGUUGUUGUUGCGUUUUUAGUUUUUUUUUUUUAGAAACUCUUCUUCUUUCCGAGGGUUCAGAAGUCGGCAAUAACCAGCAGCUACACAAAAACGAAAACGGCUUGUGGAUGAAAUGGCCUCAGACGCACGGAGCAUGUGUACAGUGUGCACCGGAUUAUAGAGGUGUGUUUUCAUUUACAGCCAUAGAACUGCUCCACACAGUGAAACCUAACUCUGGCUGGAUGACACGCCCGUAUGUCAACAGUUAGUGCAUCUCAUGCAUUACCUUUACGUCUGCGUCAUGGGGACAGAUUCACCACACACAUAAACACAUGGUGAUCUUGGUGAAACACCCAGAAGGUUGUUUUAAAAAAAACAUUUAGCACCUCAAAGACUGACCCUGGAUGACAAAAUAUUCAUCCUGCUGCACAUUAACGACGAGUUCUCGCUGUUUCCUGAUCCAGACAAAAGAUGGUUUCUGUCUCUGCUUUUAUUUGUCGGACUUGAAAUCAAAAUAAAGUUUUAUUAUCAGUUUGA